CCUUCAAGCUCUAGUCUUAUAAUUUUUGCUAUAAUCAAAUACACAGAUAUGGCUGCAGAGGAACCCAAGAUAGUUGAGGCUCAACCCGAGUGCGUGGCAGAGCCGCCACCACCCGCCGCGGUAGAAACCAAACCUCCUGUCACCGAAGAAAAGUCGGACGACACCAAAGUGGUUCCCGCCGUUGAAAAAUCAGCAGAGACUUGUGAGGAGAAACCUGCAGAGGGUUCUGCACAUAGAGAUGCUCAACUUGCUCGAGUAGCAACAGAGAAGAAAGAUGCACUCAUCAAAGCAUGGGAAGAAAGUGAGAGGUCCAAAGUUGAGAACAGGGCUCAGAAACAGCUAGCUGCCAUUGCAGCAUGGGAGAACAGCAAGAAAGCAGAACUAGAAGCUCAACUCAAAAAGAUUGAGGAGAAACUGGAAAAGAAAAAGGCUAACUACACCGAGAAAAUGAAGAACAAAAUAGCUCACCUACAUAAAACAGCAGAAGAGAAAAGGGCAAUUACGGAAGCAAAACGCGGAGAAGGUCUUUUGAAAGCAGAAGAGUUCUACGCUAAGUGUCGUGCUACUGGAACCACCCCAAAGAAACUAAUGAGAUGGUUUUCAAGCUAGAUGUUUCACCAGAAGAGCCUUGCAAAAAAAGAUAUUUCACCGGAAGAUGCCAAUUUUGAGUGUUUUUCAUCUGUAUCGUAAAAGAGUGAUUUCCUGUUUUUUCAUUAUUUGUGUGCAUUUGUGUGUAGAUAAACUUUUUGUAACAUAAGUUGAAAGUAACAUUUACAUCAUCAAGUUUCACAACA